GCCUGUGCGGUAGCAGCUUUGUGUUUUGUUUUGGUGCUGGUUGUUUGUGGAACCUGCUUGGUACCCGCGAGCCUCGGUGCGUCUGAUCGUCUCCUCCGCGGACCGCGGCCUUGCACUCCACCCCCCCCCCUUCCUUCUGUCCCGGCAGAGUUGUCAGCUUUGGUGAAGGGUAUAUUCCCCGGCAGUUAGCAUCCCACCCCUCUCACGGCCGCGCUCUUUCCCCCCUUCCGUUCCUCCGUUGCUGCUGCUGCUGCUGCUGACCGGCCACCCCUCCCCCACCCCGCUCCUCUGCUGCUGGCCGGUCGGCCGGUCAUCCCCUCUCCCCAGGCACAUUGUCAGGAAAUGAUCACAUGAGGGAUGAACCCACUGUAAGCUUAUUUAUGAAGCCAGACAUGCUCCUGAGUGACCACUCCUGCCACACUUUAGGAAAAAGGUUGACUGAAUCUUGGAGUUUAAUUUUUUGUUUUAUCACAGUAUAGCAAUAGUGCUGAGAGAUGUUGAGGUGGUUGCUGGGAGGAAGAGAUGUGCAAGAGCCUGUGGAGAAGUCUCUGGUUCUAUGCAUAGGAGAUGAACAACCACAGAACCCCUAUACAGAACUACAGGUACUAAAAGGCCACAGUGAUAUCGUUCGCUUCAUGGCAUGGAUUGAUGAUUUCAGGUUUGCCUCAGCUGGGGAUGAUGGUGUCGUGUUUGUGUGGAAUGUUCAGACUGGAGAGAGACUUCAUGAGCUUCGAGGGCAUUCUAGACCAAUUACAGCAAUUGCUGUCUUUCCAUCAGUGCAUCGUUUACAGCCAGAAAGUUGUCAUCUCCUUACUGCCUCUUCUGACAAGACAGUCAUUAUCUGGGAUUUAAACACUGGCACCCAAAUCUAUUUGUUGACAGAAUUUCAGUCCUCUGUUAAGUGUCUGAUGAUUAUCGAAAGACUUGAUGUGUGGCUGUCUGGAGGGGAUAAAGUAUGCACUUGGAACUGUCAAGCAGAAUUGCUCUGCAAAACAGCUUGCUUUAAAGAUGCAGAUGUAAGUUCAUUGAUAGAACUACCUAAAAACAGCAUUGCUGCAGUGGUCAGGAAGGAUGUAGUUAUUUUCAAGCUGAUACCAUUGCCGUCAGAAUCUCAGACUUGGGAAAUCAUUGAGAUGAGAAGACUGUCGAAUCAUGAAGAUGAUAUUAGAGCACUAAUCACUAUAAAUGAUAAUACAUUUGCAACUGGAUCCCACAUUGGUGAGUUAAUCAUUUGGGACAGCCUGGAUUGGUCAGUUCAAGCAUCUGAAUCUCAGUUCUGGAAUGCUGCCCAACAGUUCGACAAACCUGCUGAAAUAAAGAUAUCACUGACCCCAAACCAGCACGAAACCUGCAUUCAUCACCUGUCUACAGAUAGAGAGAACAUUUUUGCUGCCAUUGGGACUGGAAUUUACGUUUACAAUCUUCAGACAAAAACAGUGAUCGCAUAUCAGCAACUGGCACAUGAUUCACGUGUGUUGCACAUUGCAAAGUUACCAAAUAACCAAUUGGUCUCCUGCUCUGAGGAUGGCAGUGUUCGCCUUUGGGAACUGCAGGAGCUUCCUCCAGCUGAGCCUGCCACAUCAGGGCUUUUUAGUAUGUGGGGAAUUGGCAGGCCGAACAAGCAGCAAAACCAAAUGGCAAAACGCAAGUUGGAAUGUCCUGCGUUAAAGACUCUGGAGUUAACUGGUGAUUUGAUUGGCCAUUCGGGUGCAGUCCGGAUGUUCCUAUAUUUUAAAGGCCAUGGAAUGGUAACUUGUUCUACAGAUCACCUCAUCAUUUUAUGGAAAGAUGGAGAAAUGGAGUCACAGUUGCGGAGCAAGAAAUUAUUCCAAAAAUUAGAACAGGAAGAACAGUAUGCUGCUUAAUGUUGGGAGAAUUGCGACACAUAUAAUAUAAAUGUUACAUGACUGUACUAAAUGUCUUGAAGUGACCUGCAACAAAUGUAUUUGUAUAUCUUCUUGAUAUUAAAGUUUCAAAGAGUUGCUGAGAUGUUAAUACGGCACUUGUGGAGUGAUUAUGUAGAUCUAAAAUUGUAAGUAGAUUUUCUGCUAAGUACUGACUAUUGCCUCUGUUACCAAUUCUGGGCUUACAUAAUCUUAAUGUUGCAAAUAGUCUACUGAGCAAAUAAUUUUUCUUAUCUAUGAUUUCUGAAGAUUUCUAAAUCUACUAAAUGUACAUAGUACAAAGUUUUUAUUAUGUGGCAAUAAUUUUUUGCCAAAAAAAAGUUUGGUAUAUUUUGAAGCAUUUGGCUAAAUAUUUUACUGUGACCACCUGUAUCAGCAUUGAAAUUGUUAAAUGUAACAAUAUGAAUGUUAAACAAGAUUUUGCAUGUUUUGAAAAGUUCACGUUACUAAAGUCAGGGGCCUGAUAAAAUAUUUAUAUCCAUGGUAAAUUUUUCGAGGCUUUGCCUGCUGCUAGUGUGUAUCUGUAACUUGUGAGUGCAUUGCCUUUGGUGGCAGAGGACUUGGAAGAUCUGCUGCAUAAUGUUGCCUCUAACUGGAAUUAAAAUGACUAAUGUUCA